AUGUAUUGUGUGAAAAGUACGCUCUCGGUAAUCAAGUCGAUCUUUAUCCCCUUACCUACCUACGGUCAGGAGUGGUGGAUGAUGACUGAAAAGCUUCGAACGCAGGUACAAGCUGCUGAAGGGAGCUUUUUGAGACAAGUCGCUCGCCUGAGACGUCUCAACAUUGUCCGGAAUAUUGAUAUCCUGAAAAGCCUUGGCAUACAGCUUUUGCUUCUCCAGAUUGAGAAGUCACAGCUGCGAUGCUUUGGACAUUUUUUGCGAAUGCCUCCAGAAAGGAAGGGUACUUGCCAAACCGACCGGCAGAAGGCGCAUGGGACAGCCCAGUUUAUCCUGGUGAAAAUAUAUAGAUGGAGUCUGUUCCACACUCCUGUUAUCUUCUGGCAAAACUCAGAAUCUGGCGCAGGAUCGGUAUCGUUGGAAGCACUGUCUGACGCGUCUGCCUUCGCUUUCCGAAAAGAGAAGCGGCCAUGGAAGAUGAAGAUCGACUUGCCGUUGUUAGGCAUCGUGGUUGAGUAUAAACCGUUUGCUGCAGGCCAUGAGUUUCUCGCGUGGGAAGUGAGGGGCGGCAGACAUGAAUGA